AUUAUCUGUGGUGUCAAUUGUCAAAUCUUAAGUUGAUAAGUUCUCAACAGCAAAAUUAUUAACAAUUUUAUAUUUACAGUUUACAAUUUUACAUUAAUAUUUUACAUUAAUAUUUUACAUUAAUGAUUAAAGAACGCCUGCCUAUUUGAGUUAGAAAUCUAAGGAAGGGCGAACAGUCGAAAUUUCGAUAUGUUUGACCUAAAAGUAUGCAUUGUUUGCUUGCAAAUGGACGUUAAAUGUUUUAACAUGAAUGAAAACAGAGGUCAAUUGAGGCAGGACUACAACUUAGUAUCGGGAUUACAGAGCAGAGAAGGUGCCGGGUUUCCGGAGUACCUGUGUUACCAGUGUGUAACUUAUGUGCAAAAUUGUAAAAGAUUCCGUGAUAGAUGUCAAAGGGCAUAUUUUACGCUAAAGGAAAUAUUGCAUCAAAAUAAAGAGAUAACCAAAUCUAUAAUAGAAGCAAUUGAUGUAAGAGCAAUAAAAAUAUCUUCUAAUCUAGGCUUCUUGGGCAAAGAAAGGGUAAAAACAAAGAUUGAUAACAUAAAAUUUAAAACUUUACCUACAAAUGUCAACGCAGACCCACCAGCAAUUCAAUCUACACCUUUAGCUAAUAACAUAUUGUAUGAAAACCAAAAUUUAGACAAUAUUAAAAAUGAAAACGAUACAUAUUCAAGUGAUGCACAAUUGGAUGACGGUACACAUUUCAAUAUGGCAGACGAUACAGAGAUAAUGAAUGAAAGUUUUGAAAUUGCACCUCAAGAUGAUAACGAUUAUGAUAUGGAUUUUGAUGUGGACAAUAGCCAGGAGUCAAAAGUCGUUAUUAACGUUGAAGGUUCUAAAGUUUACGAGGAAUACGCAGAAUUGGUGCAAAUAAGUAUAAAUGAAGCGGCCGCUGUGGUUGAUAUACGUAAACUGGCAAUGCAAGGGACGCACUACUGUAAUGUUUGUGAAAGAAGAUAUAAUAGUGAGGAGCGCCUUAACGUGCAUAUGCGGAUGCAUGAUACACAUGUAAGCGGCUCACACAUGUGCAUGCUAUGUAAAUACUACUACAAGACUGAGUUCCUACUGAAAGUACACAUGACUGACAAGCAUAUGUAUAAGUAUUUGUGCAGAAAGUGUCCAGAAGUCACAUUUGACAGGGCCUCAGCGAAACACCAUUACUUAUGGUCACACAUACAGAAACAGCCCGCCACAGAGAAUGAAGACGCCACAGACAACCGACCCAUUUGGAUGAGGAAUAGGCAGAUGAAAUCACAGGAAAUGAUGCCGAGAAAGAAAAAAUCAUUCAAAUUACCCAAGGACUUCCUUACUUACUCACCACUAGGCCAAGAGGAACAGUACGCAAUAGUCAGGGAGAGGCAGAACACUAAGAACUACACGGAGUCAGCGUUCAAAUGUGAAUACUGCUUCAAAGGGUUCAGGGAGAGCGGGACAUACAACAAACACAUGCAGAAACAUGAUCCUGCGGUGUCAGGCAAACUGCAGUGCGAUAUGUGUAAGGUAUUCUGUCCCAACGCACGCAAGAUGUACAAACAUAUGAACAUGACGCAUCUCUUCAAGUAUACCUGCGAGUUGUGCAACUAUGUCUGCUAUAACAGGGGUCAAGCUCAGACGCAUUACCGGUGGCACAAGAACGUCACUUUCACUUGUCCACACUGUGACAAAGUGUUCUACAAAGCUUCAACCCAACUGACUCACAUCCGCAUAAAGCACCCGUCGAUGUUCAUCUGCAACCUGUGCGGGCACAGCUUCGUGAGCCAGACCGGUCUCUACUGCCACAAGAAGCUGGCACACAGCAAACAGGAGGUGGAAGAAAGCUCAGGCUCGGUAGACACAUCGAACCCGCUGUACUGCUCCGACUGCCGCAUACAGUUCCGGGACGACGCCGCCUUCGCCACUCACUUCGGCUCCUCCAACAAACACGCCGACACUAACCUCUCAAUAAAGCCGGUACGCACGAGAAGCGAGCGUCCGCGCGGCCGGCCGCGGCGCGACAACAGCGACAUCGUCAACACCGGCGUGCCCACGCCCACCAAGUGCGAGAUCUGCCAGAAGUUCCUGGCGACGGACGUGCAGGCGCGGCGGCACUACGAGGCGGAGCACCCGGGGGCGGAGUACCUCAAGCGGUACAUGUGCGACAUCUGCGGGCACACCACCAGGCAAUACGCCAACCUGAUGGUUCACAUGCGCACGCACACGCAGGAGAAGCCAUAUGCGUGCCCGCACUGCGAGCGCCGCUUCAGCAUGCCCAGCAACCGCGACCGCCAUCUUGUGGUGCACACUGGUGAGAAACGGUACCAAUGUCAGCAUUGCAACCGUCGCUUCACUCAGAGCAGUGCAGUCAAACUGCACAUACAAACCGUCCAUUUGAAGAUCCCCUACGCUCCCUGGGAUAAGAAGAACCGCAAGCGACGCCGGGAAAUGGAGGUAGCACCUCUGCCGCCGCCCCCGCCCGUCAACCAGAAGAUAGUGCUCGAUAGUCAGUUGCCGGUUGGCAACUAUUUGAGUGCGUACAUCACGUACAAUGAGUGAAGUGUAGACUAAGUGAACAUGACUUGUAAUGAGUGAAGUGUAGACUAAGUGAAUAUGACUUGUAAUGAGUGAAGUGUAGACUUUUUGAGUGUAUAUGUUACCGUUAAAUUUAAAAUCAAAAUUCAAAUUCAAAAUUCAUUUGUUUCAAUUAGGCUUAGUUUACAAGCACUAUUGAAAAUUCAGGUUAUGUCAUAAUUUAAUUUAAUCUAAUGGUGGUAAUAGUAGUCGAAAACUUAAAAGUAAAGUUACGAGGAUUCCAAAGUUCAUUUUUUUUUAUUUAUUUAUGUUGUUUCUUAUAAUAUACCAAAAAAUAACACGUUAAAUUGUAAUCAGUAUAUUCAGUACACAAUAUGACGACAGAUUACAAUAUCGCGAGUAAGAUUAUAAGCUAACGUAUUUUACAAUUUAACGGUGACAUAUACAUGCCUUGUGAUGUGUGAAGUUGAGGGUAUUCAAUAUUUGAUUGAGCAAAAACAAAAUAAAAGUCAAAAUUCAUUUAGUUUAAUUAGGCUUACUUUACAUGAAUUAAACCUUUAAAUAUGGCAAUAAUUAAAGUCGAAAAUUUAAAAAAAAGUUACGAGGCUUCCAAACACGCUUUGGUCCAAGAAGUUACAACAAAGUCUACAAUAUUCUGAUGUCUGGUCGCUUAUUACUGCCUACAUGAGUGAUUGACACUUAUAAUGAGUGCAGUGUAGACUAUUUGAGUGUAUGCAUUACACUGUGUACUGUGUAGACUAUUUGAGUGUGUACAUUACAUUGAGUGCUGUGUAGAGUGUAAAAAACAUUGUUUUUUUUAUUAAAAAAAAAUAUUAGCCGUACUUAAUACUAGCGGAUGCCUACUACUUCGUUCAUGAAAUCCAGUUUAUCACAAAUCCCGCGGGAACUGUACUUUUCCCGGGAUAAAAAAAUAGUAUAAAAUUGUUUUUUAAUUAAUGUAUUCAAGGAUUUUAUAAUUAAAAUGUAAAUCAAUAAAUAACUACAAUUCAAAAUAAAUUUUAACAAAAAAAGUUAUAUAUUGAAACAUUACUAUUAAAUAAUUGUAUGUAAUAUUAUGCUAAUUUAAUAA